ACGCUCAUUUCGAGAAUCCAACUCCAAUUGUAAAUAAUAGAAUUGCAAAAAGCGUCGGGCUUCAAAUUCAACAGCAAAGCAUCCAGCCCGACAUGAGAGUGUAUAAAUCUAUAUAUAUAUAUAUAUAUAUAGCGUAUACGUAAUUUAAAUUGAACUGUGACGUGCUCAUUGUGUUAAGUUUUUAGCCAUUGUUUAAAGUUUGCCAGCAUCUAAUUAAUAAACAUAUAAUGUAACUGCGCGAACGGAAUUAACUGAGGUCUGAAAUCCGUUGAACCUGCACUUCAAGCAAAACAAUAUAAAACAAGUAUUUUGAUUCGACUUGCGACUGACAAUUAGAAAUUAUAAAAAUGGUCGAAAAAGUCUCGCAUAUCCUGACACUGAAGCGUCUCAGAAGUUUCCAAUGGCAUCGCAUCUUUCAUAUGUUCUACAUCGAACCGGUUGUGUUUAUGCUGUUAUUUUCGCUCACGUUGUCCAAUACCAUCUUGAGGAACCAGAUUAUCUACCAGACCUGCACGGUGAUCUUUCGCUACAAUGUCAGCGACUGCAAAUUGCUGGACGAUAAAAAUGCCAGCGCCGAGAUAAAGGCAAUUGAAACGGAACUGCAGCCAUAUGUGGCAAAUCUAUUUCUAUCGCGCACGCUGCUGGAGAGCAUUGUUCCCGCUUUUUGCGGCCUGUUUAUUGGCUCCUGGUCGGAUCAUUAUGGACGCAAGCCGUUGCUCAUCGUAUCGAUGAUAGCCUGUUUAGGUUUUGCCGCCUCGUUUCUGGUCACAUCUGCCAUUUGCGAGCUGUCCAGCUAUUAUGUGAUCAAUCCCUGGUGGUAUAUUGCGGCCGCGGUGCCGCAUUCUCUGCUAGGCGGCAAUUGUGUCUUCUCCGUGGCGGCCCUGUGCUUCAUCUCGGACAUAACGGAUACCAAGACGCGGCCUUAUCGCAUGAUCUUCAUGGAGUCGCUGUUCUUCAUUGGACUCACAAGCGGCUCGCUGUUGUCCAGUUUCGUUUAUGCGGCAACGAAUGCGGCCACGACCAUUGGCAUCUCGGGUUGCAUAACCACAUUGGGCACACUCUUUGUCAUAUUCUUUGUGCCGGAGAGCCUGCACAUACGGCAGGCGCAGGAGGCCAAAGAGGCUGCCGCAGCCGCAGCCAGUGGCGAGAAGGAUAUGCCCAUUACGGCUUCUGAUCUGCAGCCGGAAUGCAUGUCCAUUGACUGUCCGCCCAUCUUGAUGAAUCCCGAUUACGAGUCGGAACAGAAGCAACAAAUCCAUCAGCUGCCCACGCCGGCCACGCCCAACAUGACAUUCGAUGAGGAUCUGCUGGCGAAAUAUGUGGAACAGCUGCCGCCCAAGGUGAAGGCCAGAGCGCAAGCCCAGGCCAAGCAGCAGCAGCCGGAUGCCAAAAGAGCUGGCCUCUUCAGCUUUUCACACAUCCGAGAGAUGGUUAACACCUGCACCAAGCCACGCGAAAAUCAUGCGCGCGCAAUUAUUUGGCUAGUCACAUUGGCCAUGUGCCUCUCCAUCUUUGUCUUUGACGGCGUCAUGACGGUCAUGUAUUUGUUUGUGCGCGAAAAGUUCCACUGGUCCGUGCGAGAUUACACAUUCUACGAGACGGUGAGCCACCUGGUGCCCAUGGUGGGUGCACUCAUCGGAUUUCUGAUACUGCGCAAGAUUUUUCGCCUGUCUGUGGUCACACUGGCGAUGCUCGCGUUCGCCUCGGAAAUACUCAAGAAUAUGGCCAGGGGCUUUUCGACGCAGCCCUGGCACAUGUAUCUGUCCGUCGUUUUGGGCGUCUUUCGGUCCAUUGGCGGCCCCAUGUGCCGCACCAUUGUCUCAAAUAUAGUACCUGCCUCAGAUUUGGGAAAAAUUUUCUCAAUUAAAAAUGUUUUGCAAUCGUUUGCACCUUUCGUGGCCGCACCGCUCUACACGCUAAUCUACAAGUGCUCGCUGGGUUAUUAUCCGGGUCUCUUCAACUUUGUGAGCGCGGGCCUGUAUUUCAUGUCGUUCAUAUUUAUCGGCUGUGUGCUACGCAUUAAGUUUAUGCAUCAAGAGUACUACGCCAAGGUGCUAAAAUAAGACACAACCGUUCCGAUCUGAUCCGCCUAUGUAGUGUAUGUCCCAUUAGCCUAAUAUUUAUGACUAAAUGUAUUUAUCCGUGUGAUGUGGUUGCCCAAAGCGCCGUUUCUCUAAUAAGAAAUAAACUUAACGAGUAGUUUGAAUUUCUAAAAACAAACAAAUAAUACAAA